AUGAGACUGUUUUCAUCUGUUAAUAAUAACAUGCAAGACAAAAACGGUAUGAUGACCGUUUGGUUUGCCAUAGCUACUGUUCUCAGUAUAGAUCUGGUGACGUGUGUAACGAUACCACCCAAAAUCACGAAGCAAGGACCCAAAGAUAUAUUCUACAAGCCAGGAGAAACGGUUAAGAUAGAAUGUGAAGCAAGCGGUGAUCCGAUGCCCAGCUACUUCUGGAAGCGAGCCGAUAUGGCCUUUUCUCCUGAAGGCAACGAUGAUAGAAUCGUCAAGCAGAAAGAUGUGGGAACUCUUAUCAUAAAUAACCCCGAAGACAAGGAUGAGGGAAUCUAUCAGUGUUUCGCUUCAAACAAGCCAAUUAUACAUCGGCCACAACUAGGGACAUCCCUGACUCUAAACUGUCAGUCUCCUGACAGUGUCCCUGACGCAACCAUCUACUGGGUGUACGGUGAUUCCGGCAACUUUCAGCCUGUAUUCUGGAACAAUCGAGUCACCAUGGAUUAUGAAGAUCGACUCUACUUCACGUACGUGACUCCUGAGGAUGCUCAGAACGGCAAGCCAUACCACUGUGUGGCCUACAACAGUAUCAUGAGAAUGUCUGUGAUCGGACCACCGCAGUACAUCAAACCCCAAGGAACCACUCUGAUCAUGUCUCCAAUGAGAAAACUAUGGCCCACUUCUAGAUUUGAUGUACAAGGACAAGUCGGUUCCGAUUUCAAAAUGAAGUGUAUUUUCGCUGGAAACCCAACGCCAACUGUGCGGUGGAAGAGAAAGGACGGGUUGCCGUUUGACAGACGAGUGUUGCAAGGAAACAGUGGUGGGCAGGAGCUGGUCAUCAGACAGCUGAAGUUCGAGGAUGCUGGCACUUACAUGUGUGAUGGCACCAGAGACCAGGAAAGCACACCUAUCGAGAUGUCCAUCAACUUACAUGUCAACUCUCCUCCUAUCUGGAAAUCAAAGCCAGUUAAUGUGGUCAUUGGUGAGAACGGUACCGCAGAGUUUGAGUGUGCCGCAGUUGGUGUCCCCAAACCUCAAGUGUUUUGGUUUGUGAAUGGAGAACCUUUGGAGAGUGCCUUACAGAGCGACAAACGACUCGACUAUAGGUUUCACCAUUUGAAAGAAGACCUGAUAGUGCUACAGAAGGUGACUAAACAGGACACUAUGGUUUUUCAGUGUAACGUCACAAAUAAUCAAGGCCACGAGUGGGGAGAGGCCUUCCUCAAUGUUCUCUCUGAGGCCCCGACUAUCCUGGAGCGCCCUAAAGAUUCAGUAGUUGCAGAAGGCCAACCAUUUGUUAUGGUAUGCCACAUAACAGGGAAACCGGACCCAGUCAUCACUUGGUUCAGAAAUGACGAGCAGGUGACAGGAGGAAGAUACGAGAUUAGCGACUCUGGCAGUCUUACUGUAAAGAUGGCUGUCCUUUCUGACGCUGGAGAAUAUCGAUGUGAGGCUUACAAUGUGUUCGGCCGUGAGGGUGCCUCUGCUAGGCUUAUCGUCAGGCGGAAAACUGUCAUUGAGUGGAAACCAAUGGAUCUAGAGGUUCAACGAGGCGUGAACGCUAAAUUUACCUGCUCUGGAACAACGGAUCCUGAAGAAACACUUCACAUGGAUCACUCUCUCACCAUCAGUGGAACAGAACAGAGGGACUCGGGAACCUACACAUGUGUUGUCAGCAACGGCCUUGACAAUGACACAGCUUCCGCCCGACUUGUGGUCACAGAUGUUCCUGAUGCUCCUUAUGACGUCAAGGUCAGAGAAGAAUGCAGAAGAAACGGCAAAGCCCAGGUCGAAUGGAUAGCUGGGAGUUUCAACAACGCGCCCAUUGAGUAUUUCUUGAUUGAGCGUGUCACUUUCACAUACAGGGUAACUGCCUAUAACAAAAUUGGAGCCAGUAAUCCCAGCAUUCCAUCCAACACAACUUGUUCUACAACGCCAAGCACACCGACACAGAAUCCACGCAAUUUGAGAACCAUCGGCGAUAAAAUCGGAAUGUUGCACAUUGUAUGGACGCCUGUGCCACCUGAAAACCAAGGAGGCAAGAACUUCAGCUACGUUCUGACUCUACGAGAGAUGGGAUCUCCUGCAAGCGCCAUACAGCCGCAGCCCAUCACUGAUUGGCGAGUCUCAGAGUUUCUAUAUUCUGCCUCGGUAUCUCCACAGGUCUGGCCCGAAGCUCUCAGUGUAGAGAACAUAGAAGCAGACACUGCUAUAUUCACGUGGAAUUUUGACCGCAAUGAGAUCGACAAAGUGUGGAGUAAAAUCCAGGGAGAGUUCCGAGGAUUUAAAAUCCAGUUCUGGGAGCAGAACCGUAAAGCGGAUACUAUAAGAGAGUACAAUGUGCCACCUGAAGUGGUUCUCGGCAAUUCCACAUCCAACAUCUUCAAAGCUCGAGUUCCUAAUUUAAUGCCCAAUACUCACCUACAAGCACGUGUGGCUGUGCUGAACAACUUUUUCGUGAGCAGGCCUUCGGAAACGAUUUCUUUUGUGACACCGCCUGGAUUACCUGGACCUGUAGAGCUUUUGGAAGACCAGAACGUAGGAGACAACCACAUCAACUUACGGUGGCGUCCCCCGCUGGACAACAGAGGAGAUGUGAUCGGUUUCGACAUCGGCUACCAGGAAGUUCGAGGACUGCGUCUGGAAGAGAUGCAGGAUCGCUUGCCACAGAUUGAUGAUCCAUAUGCCACCAUGGCAAUGCUCAGUGGGCUCCUCCCUAACACAAAGUACAGGAUCACCAUCUGGGCUAGAACCGCUGUGGGCAGGGGAGAGCCUUUCUACAUCGAGAGGACCACUGUCGCCCCCGGAAUUCCGAUGGUACCUAGGUUCACCAUUGCCGAUGUGGGAACUACCUUCAUCAAUGUCACCUGGUGGAGGGAUGCUUACCAGUCCUCAGGAAGCGUUGUCUACGUUGAGUACAAGAGAGAAGACAGCGCUGAAUGGUUCAGUACUACCCCAGACGUCAGCCGAGACUGGGUCAAGGUGGAUUUCCUGCAGCCAGGAAUCAGGUACACCAUUCGUAUUGCUGUUACUAACGGUGAAACCAGAAGGAUAUCAGUCGAAGAGGAUGUUACAACAGAUGGCAUAGCUAAAGCCUAUGAUAUUGCAGCCAACCUUGGUUGGUUUAUGGGCAUAAUCUUCUCCCUUCUGCUGGAAACAGCUUUAGUCAUCUUGUUCGUGGUGUGCUACCGGAGAGGGUUUAGAUUCGAACCCAAGAACCAAGAGAUUAGGACCUAUCGCAAUGGAUCGGAAACAUAUACGGACAAGGAAGAGAUCCCCAGUGUUUCCAAAGAAUUUGGACCAGAGCCUGGCGGUUUCAGCAAUGAGAUUUACAGAAAUGAACAAACCGACCAACCAAAGAGACAUGAAGACGACCGCGAUGUCCGGCAGUAUGUACAUCGCUCUACCGAUGGUCGCCAUGACAACAGACGUCAUCAAGCUUCUCGUAGCAACUAUGAUCGUGCUGAUCAUAGAGAUGACCAACACAGAGGUGACCGUGACCACCAGGCCAGCCAUCGAGUCCCAAGGCCCAGCCAAGGCAAAUAUGGGGAUGUGAUUGAGGAGUUGAAGCGGCACAGAGCUACUGGUCCAGAUCAAGAUGAUUCCUCACAGAGCAGCAAACAGGGUCACUCUUCUACAGUUGUUUAG